AAGUCCAGAAGGAAGAUCUCCGCCAGCUAUAUGAUGAAGAUACUCGCAGGGGUCACUCUUCUGGAGAAUAGCCCAGGAACGGUCUCGAGGAACAGGAUGGUCCCAAGGCUGGGGUCUCGGUGGCGAUGGUUUCUGGGGAUCAAAAAAGCGGAAACCGCCUUUGCUUAUCAGGCUGGUGGGGAAUGCUUUCAAGGCCCUGUUUCGUCUCACUUUUAUCAUGACAUUGGUGGGACUCCUGUUGAUCUAUUUGUACGACUGGAUGGGAGCACCGUCUAUUACAUUUGGCCGGGGGGAUCUACCUAAUGUCAUCAAGAGCGCAUGGUAUCCUCGAAAAUGUCCACCUCACGGCGGAGAACUUUAUAUGCCGGAAACCACCAUAGAUGUUGCAUCGAUCGUUAAGAGUGGCCUUGACAGAUGCCCGAUCGCUCUAGGAUCCAAAGAAGGUAGCGAUCAGCUCAGCAUUCGUGCCUCAAGGCAACUCUACCAUAGUACUGUGAAGUUUCCAUGCGUUAAUGUCAAAGCUGGGGAUUGUGCUAUGCAACUUGAUAUGUCUCGCAUGAGUGACGUGCUAUCAUGGGACAAAGGGCGGAAAACGAUCACUGUACAGCCGUCAAUGGAGAUGGACCACCUCAUGGACACUAUGCACGAAUUGGGAAUGAGCAUGCCUUCGGACUAUAUACCGAUCUUUACGGGACUUACAGUCGGGGGAAUGUUCUUAACGGGCGCCCAUGGCAGUUCCACCGAAAGACCAUCGGCGUUCGGACACGCAAUAUCACGAAUAACCUACGUGGACGGUCGAGGCGAAGUGCGCGAAGAAGAUAAUCCAACAAGGUGGAUAGGGACUAUGGGUCUUUUAGGGAUUGUCACUGAGAUUGAGAUCCAAGGGACGGAAAUGUACAAGCUUAACACCACUGUGGUUAAGGAAUCAGAUCGACGACUUCCAGAAAGAAUUGCCAUGCUUGUGAGGGAACUCUCGUUUGCACGAGUGAUGUGGUAUCCCAAUGCACGUACGGCCAUUGUCCGAUGGCAUACAUCUGUGCCUCCUGAUACCCCAGGGGAUGCUUUUCACAGCUUCUUCGAACACCGUCCGUGGGCUGCUAUUGGUGGAAAGUUCUCGCUCGCUAUCGAUCAGAUCAACUUCACGCCGCUGCCCACCGACUGGGGAAUUUGCUUUUUUGAGCAGCGUCCUCCUCCAUUCUGGUACAAGGAAGGUGAGAUUGGACACUGGAAGAUAUUUAAUCAAAGCAUUAUCGGGUGGCCACAUCGCCUAGGGGGCUCUAGCUGUAGGGGUCGUCUCUCGGGAUGCUACUGGCAGAAUCAAGUGCAGAUUCUGAUUGAGUUUGAUAUGGAUGUCCGGUACCUCGGAGACUGGAUUCGAGAAGUCCGCGCGAUCACUGAUCUUAUCCCUCAUCAAGGAUGUCUGCCAUCGCUCCUAGGUUUCGCCAUGCGGUUUGGAAAAGGUUCGGACGCCCCACUCGACAUGGCCUACGGGAGAGACACGGUCUACAUAGACAUGCUUGUCUCGAAGGGCCUUGCAGGUCUUCCUGCCCACCACCAAGACAUUUUGGACGAGAUAGAGCAGAUUACAUUCUGUAAAUACGGCGCCCGAGCGCACUGGGGCAAGAAUCCACAACGAGCCUUUCUUCACCCUGAAUGUCCUAUGAAAGACAAGUAUCCUGAACUGGAAAACUUCCUGGACACGGCACGUCAACAGGACCCUCGAGGAAUUUUUGUACCGCCGCUGUUUCGUAAGGUUAUGGAGGAGUCUGAAUAUAGCUAUUACCCUGGUUGUGCAAGCUCGAUGGAUUGUUAUUGCAGGGAUGAUGUGCAUUGUGGGCCAUCGAUCCUCUAUAAAUGUGACAAGGGGCGGCACUCACAGGCUGCUAAAGUCUGUCGGAAGAGAUUUCAGCGCUAUUAGCAUCGGAUGAAAUAGCUACAGUGCGAUAUGAGUGAAUCAACAAAUAGAAACUAAACUUGAGGGACUGUAUUAUUCGGAGGCAAGGUCACUAGGGAGCUACACUACUGUCUAAUGCAGAAAGUCCCGGAGACUCCCUAGCGGGUUCCUGGCGGAGUUAUAGGCCUUUGCCUCAGUGCGCUCUGUCCACGCAUGGCGACAAAUAUCAUUAUCUUGCUGGAGAAUCUGCUUCAGCCCGCCAGAGGAAAACAAGUACAGACGGGA